AUGGAGUACCAACGAACCGACCCACCCUUCGAAGCUCGACAGGUUUUCGAAUGCGUCUGCACCAAGGACCCCAACAAGUGCCAUAACGGCGUCGGAAAAGCUAUCGCCAAGGUCAAGGUUCGGGGUAAAUUCGAUGAUAGGAUGUUCUACUUCUCGGAGAUGGAGCGCCGCAAAGAGGAUUUAGCAAAGAAGCUGGGCACUAAAGAGUACGACAAAGCGCUUCAAGAGUACGAAUAUUUCUCGCGUCUUUAUCACAAUGCCGUUAAAACAGUCGACACCCCCCACAUCUUCACAACCCACGAGAUGAAUGCGCUCAAACUCUUUGUAGAGUUCAACUGCCAGUAUGUACCGCAUCUUCUCAGCUCCUGGGAAGGACCCAUGCCAGAGGGAUUGGAUGAGCAGGCGAUGCCUGGGGGCUUUCUGAAGAUCAUACUCAUGAACAAGCUUCCUGGGGAGUCGCUCGACUACACCACUUUCUGGGACAAGGAUAAGAAGACGAGGAAAGCUAUUCGACGUGCGUUUAAAGUGGCUCUCAUGGAGGUCCGGAAGUGCGUACUCAACCUACACGACACUACCCUACGGAAUCUGGUUUGGGAUGAGAAGGAAAAGAAAUGGUACGUCAUCAAUUUCCAGCACUACCGCAGUCUCCGGGGCGUCCCAGGUGAAGAGAGGGCAUGGACGAAUUCCCAGUACGGGUUAGAGGGUCUGACAGAAGAAAUCGGGAUCGAGACGGCUUGA